AUGAAGGAGGACGCAAAACAGCAUCUGACUUUGAUUGGACGCGAUACUUCUCUAAGGUAUGCGAUUCAUCUUAUAACCGCGGCUGCAUUGUCUUGCGAGAAACGGAGAGGGAAAGCCGUGGAGGUUAAGGAUAUUCAGAGAGUUUAUCGAUUAUUCUUAGAUGCGAGGAGAUCGAUGCAGUAUCUUGUUGAGUAUCAGAGUCGGUAUAUGUUCAGCGAACCAAUCAAAACCCAUGUGGAAGAACAAGAAGAUGCUAUGCAAAUCUAA